AUUCUCAUUAUUCAAAAAUGAGUGUAAUAAUAAAGAUGUUCUGUCUAAUAUUUCUUGUGCUUUUAACGUCUUACAUGAUAGUGUCGGACGAAAUUGAGCCCAGAGUUAUAUCUCAAGAAGUUAUUAUUUGCGAAGGUUAUCGUAAUAAACUCAAAUGUCCGACAAACUUGACAAUUGCAUUAACAUCGGUAUUUUAUGGAAAUUCUGGUUCAAAUACAUGUGGUAGUAGAAGAAAUCCACACUGUUAUGAACCAACAGCUUUAAGUGUCGUGCAUGAUAAAUGUAAUAAUCAAACAUCUUGUAUGUUAUACGCACAUUACAGCGAGUUUGGGGAUCCCUGUCCACAUGUAACAAAACACUUGAAAGUGGGAUACGAUUGUCUAGAGCCUAAAAAGGAUGGCGGGAGAUAAAUUUCGAAAACUCUGUAUUUCGAAAUAUAUGUAUGUAUAUUUACUUUUGUCAAAUAAAUUUAAAUAUGUAAGCAA